AUUCUCUACCCGACCGACCUACCUCAUCAAGAUGGCCGACAAAACCGCCGUUGUGAACCCCAUGAAAGAGCUUCGUAUUGAGAAGCUUGUCGUUAACAUCUCCGUCGGUGAAUCCGGAGAUAGAUUGACUCGUGCUUCCAAAGUGCUCGAACAACUCACUGGUCAAUCCCCCGUUCACUCUAAAGCUCGAUACACUGUCAGAAGCUUCGGUAUUCGUAGAAACGAGAAGAUUGCCUGCCACGUUACUAUCAGAGGACCCAAGGCUGAGGAGGUUUUGGAGCGGGCUUUGAAAGUCAAGGAGUACGAGUUGAGGAAACGCAACUUCUCCGAGACCGGAAACUUUGGUUUCGGUAUUGAAGAGCACAUCGAUCUUGGUAUCAAGUACGACCCUGGUAUCGGUAUUUUCGGCAUGGACUUCUAUGUUGUGAUGGGUCGCCCUGGAUUCCGUGUCGGUCGCCGAAAGCAGAAGACUGGUCGUGUCGGUUACUCGCACAAAGUCAAGCCUGAACAAACCAUUGCAUGGUGCAAGCAGAGGUUUGACGCUUUCAUCCGUUGAGUCAUAUCGAGCAUAUGCAUGUACAUUGGCGGAAUAUCUAUC